AUGUCCGAGGCAGCAAAUGCCACUCAUGAGAUUGCCGAUACGACGGCGGCGUGUGUUCGGCGAAUCUCCGCCGCGCUGAAGCAGCUCGAGGAUGCUGGUCUGCAGUACGACCCCACGGCCCCGAUGACCGCGGACGCGGUGGAGCAUGUCCUCAUCACGGAUCAAUGGCGCUGCAGGAAGUGCGGCUUGACCGAAUUUCGCACGUGCCCCGAGACAGGCAACCCCCACCGGCGACGACUGGUGUGGGUGGCGCAGGACGUCCUGCGACUCAUUGGUUCCAAAACGGGGCAAGUUGUCGUGCGGCCGCCAAAAUUGUCGGCGAGCAUGAAUGGACGGUCACGACUUCGUAGUCUGCGACGUGUCCCCAUGAAUCCACAAGCACUUCUUCUUGCUUACUACUACGCGGUGCUGCCGAGCAACGAGGUAGACCCGCUUAUCUCUGAGUGCGCCCAGCAGUUGGUGGAGCUAUUAGAGCAGUUAAAGGCGAUUGGGGCGCAGUCGAGUGUUGAUGAGCAUUAUGCCACCGCCCUUCUCUCUUCCACGUCACUUAUGUGGCAGGAGUACAGCAAAAAAUUUGCACAAGAUCUCUCCUCGCUUAGGGGCGCUGACCGCCGCGCGUGCCAGGAGGUGAUCGUGAAUGGAACGAAGGAGGCCUAUUUGGCGGCGACGCGCGAGCUGCAAAAGGCCCCUUCCAACGAAGAGCUUCAGACCUUUCUGGGUGUGCUACAUGAUCGCUUGUCACGUCUGACUUCGCGGGACGACAUGAGCAGGAUGGAGGCCUCCAUAUUGGAAGAAAAACAAGAACGCGAGGAGCCUCAGGAAGGGCGGCGACAUAAAAGCAACGCGGAUGAGAAGUCGAAGGAGGAGGGGCAAACGACUGGCAACGCCGCGUCUGGCAAAGUGCCACUCACAGCGGCAACCUUGCUCUCUGACGCGAACACGAGCGGAUCUGAGGCAGAGGCACCCCCGCCUGUUAUGAUGGGGCCGGAGCUACCGCCAGAUUGGUACGUGGACGAGCACGGCCGUUCUCGGCCGCUGUUGCCCGAGUCCGUCCGCAGACGUCGCGAGAAGUAUGUUAAGUUGGAAUUUCGUGCCAUAAAGGCAUACGAAACAUGCAUUACUGUGCCCGAGACGAAGAGUGAUUCAGUAAAAGAGCAACUGAUUUCCUCCAUGAACGAGGCGCAGUUGGCCCUGCUUGCGGAACAGUGCAACUGUCAUCCUCCUGAUCUUCAAAACGUUCCGCGGUUUUUGAAACUUAUUAUUGACGGACUUUUAAAUGCUCUUCCGCGACGUCUCCGCUCCCAGGCAGAGCAGGAGGUGCGAGAUGUGCUGGAUUGGAGGAUCGUGCGGCGUUCCGUGAUGGGAAGCCCAGGAAAUAUUGCGACGCUUAUGCGCUACGUGAUGAGGAAGGUCGCGGAGUACGGUGCCCCAGCCAGGGCGGAGGAGACUCUUAAACUUGCGGAGGAUAUGAGCAAAGACCUUGAGGCGUGCACCCCAGACCUCGGUACGGCAGUGGCCAAUGCGUUCCGCCUCAUGUUUUCUUCUAUACGCCAGUUACAUGAUGAUAUUGCGCAAUAUUCAUUGUUGGUUAUAUCCCAACAGUUGCGAGAGAAUGCCGUACCGUAUAUAAGGGAAUUUAUUUCCGAAUGUUUGCCAAAAGUGGAUCAGUGGGAGAGUUCACUGGUUUUUGUCCGGCGUUACUUCAAUGAUGAACGUGUAACGACUUGGGCGAAUUCACCCGUCGCCGUUUCGGCGACUGCCUUAACAUUGGCGGAGCGGCAGCUUCGAGGGAGCCUGCUCUAUGGCUUCUUGGACCUACUGCGGAGCAGUGGCCUUCAAGUGAAUGAUCGGUGGCAUGACUACCCAACCGAAUGUUUUUAUUUUGAAAAGAAGAUUGUCUUUUUUGCCGCCAACACGGUGCAGGAGAACAGUUUGCUGCUGCUUUUAUCAGGCAGUGUCGCAACGGUGCUUCGUGGUAAGGGGGUUGACUCAAGGGUCGUAAACGAUAUUUUGAAGCAACUACACGACAAAUUUCGGCUGCUCUUUGCUGACGAGCUCACCUUGCCCCACUUGAAGACCUCCGUGACAGGUUUGGUCGACGAGGCGCUGGCGCAGAGGAAGACACUCCCUGCAUUGAGUGAAAACGAAAUCACCCAACUGCACGGAACUGUUGAAAAGAUGACAAACACGACUGGAAGCCUUUACGUGGUUUUUGAGAAGCGAAUUCUCUCCUUCAUUGAGGCCGUUUUGGCGCGCGGCCAAAGUGACCCACCUCCAUUGGGUCUCGUAACGGAUUCGCUGCGUCGCCUGGCGGCCCUGCUGCAGCGUGUGCUUGUCUUCAAUUGGGAAGUCUACCAGCCAUUCUAUAAGGAGAUGCUUUUGCUCGUUGCGCAAGGGGAGUCUGUUGGCCCGUGA